GCAAUAUUUACUCCAAAUUUCCACUUCCUGCAUACUUCUUGGGAUUUUUUCCAACAAUUAAUACAUUUCCUGGCCUCAAUUUACAUCUCCUUCUACUACCCAAAUACUUCAAUUCAUCUCCUAUCUCUCUCUCUCUCUCUACCUUUCUCUCUCCUCUCUUAAACUCUCUCACCCCAUAAUUAAAUUAAGCUUUAAAGAAUACCCAUCUCCCUCCUCUCAUUUCCCCUUAUAUAUAAUGGCCUUAAGAGGUCCAUUCUCACCUACACCAAUACCAUGUUCAUGGUCAUACCAUAGACACUCUUGUUUCAAGUUAGUCAUCUCUCUCUCUCCCCCUCUCUUUGAGCCAUCUCAGCUCACUUUUACAUCCCUUUUCCCCUCCUAAAAUCCAAUUACACAAGGUGUGGUCCGAAAACAUUUUUGUACAACAAAGCUCACAUAUUCACAUACUCGCUAGCUAGCUAAGCCAUGAGCCGCCGCAACGGAAGCCGUCCGAAGCUGGACUUAAAGCUGAACCUGUCACCGCCGAGGGCCAAUCCGCUGGCGAUGGAGUCGCCGAGGCGAUCAGCCACCGUGUCACCGUCGUCUCCGCAGAGCUCGUGCGUGUCCUCGGAGCUCAAUCAGGACGACAGCCUCAGGUACUCCAACAGCCCUGAGGCCACAUCAAUGGUGUUGGUCGGAUGUCCAAGAUGUCUCAUGUAUGUCAUGCUCUCAGAGGACGACCCCAAGUGCCCCAAGUGCAAAAGCACCGUUUUGCUUGAUUUUCUCCAUGACAACAACGCCACCACCCAAACUUUGAAGACAAGGAAGAGCUAGAAACAUAAAAUAUAUUAUGAUAUAUAUUAUAAUUAAUAUCUCAAUUUUAAUUAUCCUU